CAUAACCCUUUCUAUAUAAGAGCAGUGCUUUAUCAAUUCAUAAAAAAGAAAAUUUAUGAAGGAGAUGGCGAAGAGCAAAGGCGGUUCGCUGCUAAACCGGCUGAGAAGGGCCGUGAAUAAGGUGAAGUUCGUGUUAAGAUUCAAUUUAAACGCUCUGUGGAACCUCGUACCGAUGAUCGGUUCGUCUUCUCCGUCUCGUCGGUUUAGUUUCAACGACAGACCCGGUUUAGCGGCGGCUUGUACGGAUGAAUACGUACCGGUUCAUGAUGACUCGACCGGUUCGUCCACACCGAGAGGAGCCUUGUACAGGACGGCGAGUUAUCCCUCGUCGGACGAUGACAUAGACAAGAAAGUUGACAUGUUCAUUGCCAAUUUUUAUAGGCAGCUUAAGAUAGAGAGGCAGAUCUCUCUCGAACUCAAAUAUUAAAACCGUAAUAAUUCAAGCUUCGAUUACAAGUUGCCUUAGCCAGAUUAUUUUUUAAAAAUUAUGGGGAUGUUCCUGAUAUUCUUUAAUUAAA